AUGGCGAUCCUGCGCUGGUUACACGGCUUCGUCGGACUUUCAGCCUUGGCCACUCUUUCUCCGGCGCAGAGCUGCUGGAGGGAUACUGUCUGCUCCGGCCCUAAAAACCCUGCCUUUUCAGGUGCUUGGGAGAAAAAUGUCUAUGCGCCCGCUUCGAGAACUGUCAAACCCAAGAGCGUCCUGUCGCUUUGGAAUCCAUCAACCCCCGACAAAUAUUCCCGAUCAAUCCCAUUCACCCUGUGCGGGAAUGGGUCGAGCGUUGUAUUCGACUUUGGGAUUGAAGUCGGUGGCAUUAUCACUCUGAAUUACUCGUCCAGCGACGAAGGCAUUUUGGGAUUGGCAUUCACCGAGGCAAAGCAGUGGAUUGGAAAGUGGUCCGAUUCGUCCAAUGGAGCUUUUAAAGGUGCCGACGGUGCGCUGUUUGAGGCAUUUUCUAACCCCGAGGAUGGGUCGUUUGUCAUGUCCGAUAAAUACCUCCGCGGUGGCUUUCGAUAUUUGACAGUGUAUUUGAUUGCGGAAGAUGAUUCAACUGUCCAUAUCGAGGAUGUGAGUUUGGAAAUCGGGUUCCAACCUACCUGGCCCAAUUUACAAGCCUACCAGGGGUACUUCCAUUCGAACGACGAACUGCUGAAUCGAAUCUGGUACAGUGGCGCUUAUACCCUGCAGACGAAUACGGUCCCUGUGAACACAGGUCGUCAGGUUCCUAUACGCAAUGAAGGCUGGGUGAACAACGCAACCAUGGGACCUGGAAAUACGAUUUUUGUGGAUGGAGCGAAGCGAGACCGUGCUGUAUGGCCCGGGGAUAUGGGAAUAUCGAUCCCUUCUUUAUUUGUUAGCACUGGAGACCUGGAGAGUAUGAAGAAUGCUCUUCAAGUGAUGUACGAUACGCAGGAUAACUCAACCGGAGCAUUCGAUGAAUCAGGACCGCCACUGAGCCAGAAGAACUCGGACACCUAUCACAUGUGGUCGAUGAUCGGAACGUACUACUACUUCCUUUAUACCAAUGACACGGACUUUCUUCUGAACAACUGGAAGGGAUAUCAGAGAGCCAUGAACUACAUUUACGGGAAAGUGGACGAGUCCAGCGGCCUGCUGAAUGUGACAGGCACACGCGAUUGGGCCAGAUGGCAGCAGGGCUACAAUAAUUCCGAAGCACAGAUGAUCCUGUACCACACUCUAAAAACCGGAGUGUCACUUGCUUCCUGGGCAGAGAACUCAGAAGUCACAUCCAACAAAUGGAACACCCAAGCUGAAGACCUCCGGAGAGCAAUCAACAAGCACUGUUGGGAUAACGAGUACGGGGCAUUCAAAGACAACGCUACAGACACAAGCCUUCAUCCACAGGACGCCAACAGCAUGGCACUGCUCUACGGGGUCACGAACAAGGAGCGAGCAAAGAAGAUCUCGAAAAUAUUGACUAAGAACUGGACCCCAAUCGGGGCCGUCGCCCCAGAGUUACCAGAGAAUAUCUCGCCGUUCAUCUCGUCGUUUGAAAUCCAGGGACAUUUCGAGGCGGGCCACCCGGCUAGAGCUCUGGAGCUCAUCCGACGCAGCUGGGGGUGGUAUCUGACCAACCCUAACGGCACCGAGAGCACCGUUAUCGAAGGAUAUCUGAAGAAUGGCACAUUUGGAUACCGAUAUGACCGUGGAUAUGCCAACGACGAGUCGUACGUCUCUCACGCUCAUGGACAGUCUACUGGCCCUACCUCCGCGUUGACCAACUACGUCCUUGGUCUCUCUGUCACAUCACCCCGGGGCCUUACCUGGAGGAUUGCACCGCAGUUUGGCGAUCUCACGACAGUGCAGGGGGGGUUCACUACCUCUCUUGGAAAGUUCCAAGCGGCGUGGGAAAAGAAGUCGGACCAGUACACUUUGUUGUUGUCAGUUCCGGAGGGCACCAGAGGCGAUUUAGCCUUACCGUUUCUCAAGCGAUUGGAGAGGCCAUCCAUCACGAUCGAUGGAAUCCAUAUUUCCCGAGGCGUGAACUAUACGGAUGACAGGGCGAUUAUUCGUGUCAGUGGGGGAGGUUCGCACAAAGUGGAAGUGCGCUGA